GAGAACUACAUCUCCCGGCAUGUCGCUGGGGAGGUUGGGGGCCCGCUCCAAGCCUGCCCAGCUUCCUGGAGCUAGUCAGGUUCCACCCUGAAAAGGAUGGAGGUGGCCGGGAGCUCCAGGGCUCCGGAACCCAGCGAGAUCCGGGCUCUAAAGCCGUGUCUACUGCGCCGCAAUCACAGCCGCGAGCAGCAUGGUGUGGCGGCCGCCUGCCUCGAGGAGCUGAGGAGCAAGGCAUGUGACAUUCUGGCCAUUGAUAAGUCCCUGGCACCGGUCACCCUGGUCCUGGCAGAGGAUGGCACCAUAGUGGAUGAUGAUGAUUACUUCCUGUGUCUGCCUUCCAAUACGAAAUUUGUAGCAUUGGCUGGUAAUGAGAAGUGGACAUACAACAAUUCAGAUGGAGGUACAGCUUGGAUUUCCCAGGAGUCCUUUGAUGUAGAUGAAACUGACAAUGGGGCAGGGUUGAAGUGGAAGAAUGUAGCCAGGCAGCUGAAAGAAGAUCUAUCCAGAAUCAUCCUCCUAUCAGAGGAAGACCUCCAAGUGCUAAUUGAUGUUCCAUGUUCAGACCUGGCUCGGGAACUGUGCCAAAGUCACGUCACAGUCCAGGGGCUCCAGAACACCCUCCAGCAGGUCCUUGACCAGAGGGAGGAAGCCCGUCAGUCCAAGCAGCUCCUAGAGCUUUACCUGCAGGCUUUGGAAAAGGAAGGCAGCAUCUUGUCCAAGCAGCAAGAGUCCAAACCUGACAAAAUGGAUGCAGUUGACACGGGUAUUAGCAGACCGAGUGACACCGAAAUGACACUUACAAACCAGGUCCUGACUGCACUGAAGGAGAAGCCUGCUCCAGAGCUGAGUUUGUCUAGUCAGGAUUUGGAGUCGGUUACCAAGGAAGACUCCAAAAUGUUGGCUGUUGCUUUGAACUGGGACAUAGAGAAGACGGAAACUGUUCAACAGGCCUGUAAUCAGGAACUCAGCCUGCGCCUCCAGCAGAUCCAGAGCUUGCAUUCUCUCAGGAAUGUUUCAGCAAGGAAGAACUCGCUGCCUGGAGAGCCACAGAACCCUAAACGGGCUAAGCAAGCUCCCACAUAGCUGCGGCCAGACGGUGCCAGAGAAAACCCUGCGACCUUUUUUUAGUAUCAGUAAAUACCUUCAGCCUGAUCCUAGCUACUUACAUACACUGCUCUACCCCCUGCCUAGAGCAUGUUCUCCUGGAACAGGCUGGAGGACCCGCCCCACGGCCCCUCCAGAAAAGCUAGUCCAGGCCUCACCGUAUGCCCUUCCACCUAGUUUGAAUGAUCUAGCUGCGCUGACAAUAUCCCACCUCUAAUUAGAUGUUCUUAUGUUCUCUGUUUAAAAGUAAUUGUCAAGGACUGUGAAAAGAAAUUGUCCUCUUUCAGGCUCUCCUUGUUAGAACUUCAGAAUUUUAAUCACAAAUAAUGGCAAAGAGGUGACAUAAAAGAGUGCUGCUUAUGCCCACAAACUUGUUUCUCAAGUUAAUGAAUUUUUUUUGUUUGCUUGUUUAAAGGCACAUUAAGUUUGCAGACCAUAGGGACAGGGAGAGUCUAAUUCACGAUUUCUAAUAUCUAAUUCAGUAUUGUGAUAUUGUAUGUUACCACUGUGAAACUCUUUGCAGUUUUCUAAUAUGUUUUACCAGUAGGGGGUAUAAAAGGUCAUUAAAUUGAUUUCCAUGUGCCAUGA